ACGCGCAAAUUUUAUCAGUCGCGGUUCGGAGCGCGUCACGUUCGGACGGUUCGGAUCACGUCCUCAAGAUCAAGCUUACUCUCGUGUGCGUGUGUGUGUGUGUGUGUGCAAGUUUACAUGUUUUAAGAGCCACAAGUACUAGCUGUUGUAUUAUGGGUAUUGACCUUAUAAAGAAGCCGUGCUGAAAAUAGUAGCCCACCCUCCCCAGAGCACUCCAGAACACUUGUGCUCAUCGAUGUGUGUACCGCCGCCUUGCAGUGAGUUCGGUAACUAGAAAGAAGCGAAAAACAGACCUAUGCCAAUUAUAGCACAGAUACCGAUCAGCUGAUCGGCAUGUGUUCAACAAGUGCCGUUCCACCAGCAACCGACAUGCAGGAAUGACGUGCGAAAAAGAUCUUUAACCACAAAAUCAUCCCUUGGGUUUUUGGAGGCCAUUUUUUUUACUUUAAAAAACCUCUCAAAUUUAACGGAUUCAUCUCGUUGCGAUGGCAACCGACACUCCAACGCGUGCUACUCCGCCUGACAGCUUAUCAUCUACCGCUGUCCGGUUCGUGUGUAAUGUGUCCUCACUAUCGGACACCGGGAUUACCGGCCAACCAACCAACAACGACGACCGUGCCACCACCAUAUCUGGCCCACUGGUGAUGCUUGUUUUCACGCUGCUAACGGUCGUCCCAGUCAGCGCCCAGCUGCCGCUUAGCCUGCAGAAUCUCGUCGUGGAGAACGUUGCCGUCGGGGAGUGUGCUUUUAGGCCCGCGCCACCACCACCAUCCCAGCAUCAGGCCGUAUCUCCGGCGGGCAGCGCACCGUCGUCCAGCAGUACACGGCCCGCGUGCUACUUUACGCCACCGAACCGUACCGUCUGCUUUCGGGGGAUCGAAACGAAACGGUUCCAGGCCGGCGGCAAAUUUAAUCUCACCCGUUGGCUGAUACUGUGCGAUUGGCCCCUUCGGUCGUUCGAUCCGCUCGUGCUGAGCCGGCUGGUGCCGCGUAUCGAACGGCUCGCCGUAACCGGGCGCGUACUGCAACGGUUGGCACACGACUUCCCGGCCCUGCCGUACCUGCGGAUGGUUAACAUUACCGGCACACGGUUGAAUCAUACCGGUGUGAACGCAUUCUACGAACUGGAGCGAUUGCAGGUGCUCAAUCUACGAGGAAAUGAGCUAGAACAAAUACAACCGUACCGGUUCCGGAGCGGACACGUGGAGGUGUAUCUGCAGGGUAAUCUGUGGAACUGCACGAACGACAUGAUAUGGUUGCUGAAGGAACAAUCACGCCAGUACGUCGACAAACCGACGCUGGUGUGCAAGGACUGGAAGUACACGGGACGUCCGGUUAUGACCGCCAUGGAAUACAAGCGCGUGGUUCGGGAAAGUUGCCUGCAUGAGGAAAUCUGGAACUGUAGCUGUCACGUGUCCUACCUGCGGUUAAGCGAAAACGGACUGUCCUUCCAUCCCAUGAUCAUGGUAAACUGCAGUGAUCGUGGAUUCUACCAACUGCCGCAGUACCUGCCGGGAAACACAACCGUACUGCACAUAGCACGCAACAAGCUACAAUCGGUGGACAGCUUAACGACGAACGAACACUACCAAAGCGUGCAGGACAUCUAUCUGGAUGAAAAUCGUAUCACGACGAUCGACAUCCUGGAGGACACGAUAUGGUUGGACAAUUUCCGUAUCCUCAGCCUGCGGGGAAACCGACUGAAUCGGAUACGCGUGUACAGUGUGGAGCACGCGAUCGAGCGGAAUCCGGGCGUCGGGAAGCUCUACCUUUCCAACAAUCCGUGGCGCUGCGGAUGCCGGUUUGCGAUACGAUUCCAGCGGUUUCUACGCAAACACGAAUCGCUGGUAGCGGACUCGCGCAACAUCACCUGCUACUUCAUCAACGACGACGAUGGCCGGAAGCAGUAUCUACCGGUGCUGACGGUAACGCCGAACGAUAUCUGCCGCCCGUCGGAGCAUAACACGGCGGCAUUUUACAAUACGCUCAGCAUAAUCUUUGCCUCGCUAAUCGUGCUCAUCUUUACGAAGCUGGCGUACGAUUACUAUCACUACCGGAAGUACGGUAAAUUGCCGUGGUUAAUAAUGAAGAUGCCCUGAUAUUUGCCCCGGGUGGUUUCGUAUCAGCCGCAGUGGGACAACAGGCAGUCGUACUUAAGGUAGUUGUAAAAGCGAAGAAAAUGAAUGUGAUAGUAAACGAUCUACGGAUAUCUACGUUUAAAACGAUCCAAAGCGCCCAAAGCCACAACAAAAGCUCGAACCGCUCGAAAAAAGGCAGCAAAUCAAAUCAGGGACUGUAAUUGUAAUUGUAAGCUCGAAUUGAUUCUCACAUUUCCCAUACUUAUACUUAAGUAAAGUAGAUUAGCUUUUUAGUUCGUAGCUUUUUGAAUGUUUGUGGAUGAAACGUUUCAAAAAUAAAAAUUGUUACUUUAUUACGAUUGCUGUUGCUGCUAUUGUCGUCGGCGGCCUUUUAGGCAUACCCUCCUAUUUUUAUUUGAGCCGCUCUUCCGAGAGCUGUCUACCUCC